AUGCCCGUCCCAAUGCCGUCCGCAACCUCGCAGUCCACCCCAGCGACCCAAUCUUCAGCUGCUGCGCAGGCUCAGAAUGACAUACAGAACGCCGCUUCACGAGCUCUAGCGAACGCGAACAACGGCGAGAAGACUGAGCAGGAGAAGGAAGCCGAGAAGCGGUACGAGGAGGCGAUGGAGGAGGAGUACGCCAAGAGGGAGGGCGGAGCUUAG